UUCGCUUUGGCGCACGGAGCGCAUCGACUGGAUGAUGGGACAAGAGGUGCGCGGUUCUGUGGUGGGCUUUCUUGGCUUUGGUGGUAUUGGUCAGGCUAUAGCGAAGCGCUUGCAAGGUUGGGAGGCAGCGAAAAUCAUAUACCAUACACGCACGCCGCGCGAAAAUCCAUUUGGCGCAAUUCACGUUCCCUUCGAACAACUGCUGCGGGAAAGCGAUUUCUUGGUGGUCGCUUGUCCGUUAACGGCCGAGACGCGCGGCAAAUUUAAUGCGGGUGCAUUCAAACAAAUGAAGACGAACUGUGUGUUUGUAAAUGUGGGCAGGGGAGGCAUUGUGGAUCAACCUGCGCUCGUCAAUGCUUUGAAAACUGGUGAAAUUGCCGCUGCGGGCUUGGAUGUAAUGACACCGGAACCACUUCCAGCGGACGAUCCACUUCUGAAAUUGCCAAAUUGUGUUGUAAUACCCCAUUUGGGCACGCAGACGAUGCAAACGACAACUGAAAUGGGCUUAACAGCUGCUAAUAAUAUACUCAACGCACUGGAUGGUAAACCGAUGAUUUGUCCAGCGUAUUAAGUGCCAUUUGAUGUUAACAAAAAUAUUUUGCAUUUGUUGUUAUUAUAGAAAAUACGAAGUAAUAUAUAACAUUAAAAAACUUUGUUACUUUA